UAUAAUGUAUGUUCGUGGUGGUGGUCGAGACAUGUUUGAGUGGUAUAACCGUAAAUAACACGCGCAAUUGAGAUUCUUAACUCUCUCUCUCCUCUCUCUGAUAAGAGUGACUUCUAAUUUAAAGUCAUUCGAGCCAUUCCCAUGUGCUUUGUCUCCGACAACUCUCUCUCUCUCUCUCUCGCUUCUUGCUCUGGCUCUGGUUCACAUAGUACUUCAAUAAGAUUACUAAUUUAAGGUUUUACAUCUCAGAAAAAAGUCAGAUAUGCGUCAGAUCGUAUCUCUCUCUUGAUCCUGUCGGAAAAUUAUUUGAUUUGGAGUGUCACCGGAACCGGAAAGAUCAUAUAAGGUGUGAAGAAGAAUCACACAAGAGAAAAGAAAUGUACAAGCAUCCUAGACAAGAGGUUGAGGCUUACUCUUUGUCUCCUUUUGAGCAAAACUCUGUUGGGAAGCUUAUGUACUUACCGAUUCACAACUCUCGUAAACGGUAUUGCACUCGCGAGCCACCAUCUCCUGAUUCUCCUGCUUACAAUCUUCAGUCAUCCGCUACGGUUUUGUGUUCACAUAACAACUCUGCCUACGAGGACACCUCUGGCUCUUGCGUGACGGACGAUUUGAACGACGACUUUAAACACAAGAUAAUGGAGCUCGAGACAGUGAUGAUGGGUCCUGACUCCUUGGACCUGGUCGUCGUAGAUGGCACUGACUCUUUCGAUUCCACGUCGUGUCAAGAGAUUAACAGCUGGAGAUCAACUCUAGAGGCACUCUCGAGAAGUGAUCUAAGAGCUGAUCUUGUUUCGUGUGCACAAGCCAUGUCUGAAAACGACCACAUGAUGGCACAGUCGAUGAUGGAGAAGCUGCGACAGAUGGUCUCUGUUUCUGGUGAACCUAUCCAACGGUUGGGAGCUUACUUACUAGAAGGACUCGUGGCUCAGCUAGCUUCAUCGGGUAGUUCCAUAUACAAAGCACUUAAUAAGUGCCCUGAACCAGCAAGCACAGAGCUUCUCUCCUACAUGCACAUUCUCUAUGAGGUGUGCCCUUACUUCAAGUUCGGUUACAUGUCAGCGAACGGUGCCAUCGCUGAAGCCAUGAAGGAAGAGAACAGAGUUCACAUUGUCGAUUUCCAAAUCGGUCAAGGGAGUCAAUGGGUCACUCUUAUCCAGGCUUUUGCUGCUAGGCCCGGUGGGCCUCCUCGGAUACGGAUUACGGGUAUCGACGAUAUGACCUCAGCGUAUGCUCGUGGAGGUGGCUUAACCAUUGUUGGAAACAGACUCGCCAAGCUUGCUAAGAAGUUCAACGUUCCGUUUGAGUUCAACGCGGUGUCAGUGUCGGUGUCCGAGGUUAAACCUAAAAACCUCGGAGUCCGACCAGGGGAAGCUCUUGCCGUCAACUUUGCCUUUGUGCUUCAUCACAUGCCAGACGAAAGCGUGUGCCCCGAGAAUCACCGGGACCGGUUACUGCGAAUGGUGAAGAGCUUGUCUCCCAAAGUGGUGACUCUAGUGGAGCAAGAAUCGAACACAAACACGGCCGCCUUCUUCCCGAGGUUCAAGGAGACGAUGAACUACUAUGCCGCGAUGUUCGAGUCCAUUGAUGUGACUCUACCGAGGAAUCACAAACAGAGGAUUAACGUGGAGCAGCAUUGUCUAGCGAGAGAUGUUGUGAACAUCAUCGCAUGUGAAGGAGCUGAUCGGGUGGAGAGGCACGAGCUUCUAGGGAAAUGGAGGUCACGGUUUGGGAUGGCCGGUUUUGUUCCUUACCCGCUGAGUCCACUGGUGAACUCAACCAUUAAAAGUCUGCUCAGGAACUAUUCGGACAAGUAUAGGCUGGAAGAAAGAGACGGAGCCUUGUAUCUUGCAAAUGCUAAGGAAUUCAAAAUCACGUCUUCUCCAGGGUCUGAUAUCACAAACGUAUUGUUGAAAACAUUCAAUGAGGCAUGCCAGUUCCCAACGAAGAGCACCGUUUUGAUCCCAAAAGGUGAAUACAAGCUUGGGGAAAUUGAGAUGCUGGGCCCAUGCAAAGCUCCGAUACAUAUUGCUCUGCAUGGUACAGUGAAAGCUGACGGAAACGUUCACGGGAAGGACAAAUGGGUCGCUUUCCGCAACAUUAAUGGGUUUAAGUUGAACGGAGGUGGUGUCUUCGACGGUGAAGGUAACGCCGCAUGGAGAGUCAACAACUGCCACAAGACAUUCCAAUGCAAGAAACUCCCCAUCAGCAUACGGUUUGACUACGUGACCGACGCAAAGAUCAGAGGCAUAACCUCGUUAGAUGCAAAGAACUUCCACAUUAACGUGAUCGGGGGAAGGAACAUGACAUUCGAAGAGGUGAGGAUCAUAGCCCCUGACGAGAGCCCCAACACCGACGGAAUCCACUUGGGAAGAAGUCAGGGAAUCAAGAUCAUCAACUCGGUCAUCACCACGGGAGAUGACUGUAUCUCUGUUGGAGACGGGACGAAAGACCUUCUCGUGGAGAAAGUUACAUGCGGUCCGGGACACGGAAUCAGUAUCGGAAGUCUCGGAUAUUACGGGCACGAGCAAGACGUCACUGGCAUCAAGGUCUUGAACUGCACCCUCCAACACACUGACAAUGGUGUAAGGAUCAAGACAUGGCCAUCCUCAAAAUGCGCCACCACCGCCUCCGGCAUCCAUUUCGAGAACAUUAUCAUCAAGAACGUCAGCAACCCCGUCCUCAUCGACCAAGAGUACUGCCCAUGGAACCAAUGCAACAAGCAGAAACCAUCAUCUAUCAAGCUUGUGGACAUAAGCUUCAAGAACAUCAGAGGAACGUCAAGGAACAAAGACGCGGUGAAGCUUUUGUGCAGCAAGGGAUAUCCGUGUAAGAACGUGGAGGUCGGUGACAUUAACAUUAAGUACACCGGAGCCGACGGUCCUGCGACCUUCCAGUGCGCCAACGUAUCUCCGAAGCUGUCGGGAACUCAGGUUCCCAAAGCUUGUAGCAGCCCAGUGACGAAGCCUCCAGGCCAGAACUAGAUGCUCCGAGUGUAUAUAAUAUAAACUCGAAAAUGUACACCCUAGUGUAUGUUUAUAUUCUUUCAUUUGAUGAAAAAACCUAUUUUCCCCCCUAGGCCAUGUUGGCCCCCUAAAGAACUGCAUUUUUGCUAGCUACACAUUGUAAGAAAUGCAUCAUUCUUGAAAAAAAUUUAAUAUAAAAUUUAAUACCAUGAUGACUAACUAAAUAAUUCCUUUACUGUAUUCAAGAUGAGAAGAACAAAGUUAUGAUUGGUCUGGUACGGACUUAAGUUUGGUUUUUGUACCUUUUUGUUUACAACCAAAUUAUAGAUGUAAGAAAUCAAACACAUGAUAUAUACAGUAUACUUAUGUUAAAAACAUAAG